AUGUCGCAUCUCAAAUAUUAUGCCUACGAAGGUCAAGGCGUUAAAAUGCGCGCCGAAUUCUCCUACAGCCAGGCCGUCCGUGUUGGAGACAGAAUCGAAUGCUCCGGUCAAGGAGGCUGGGAUCCCCAAACAGGCGAAUUCGAGAAGGAGAUCAACGCGCAGAUUGACCUCGCCUUUGCUAAUGUCGAGAGGUGUCUGAAGGAUGCCGGUGGCAAGGGCUGGACCCAGGUCUUUCGGGUUAACUCGUAUCAUGUCCCUAUAAACGAUGAGGCGUUAGACGCGAUGGUCCGCAACUUCAAGAAGUGGAUGCCUGACCAUCAACCGCUGUGGACUUGUGUCGGUGUAUCGCGUUUGGGGCUGGAUGAUAUGCGUGUUGAGAUUGAGGUCGUGGCGCAUGAUCCCGAGGGGACUAAGGUUGCGUAA